CAUUUUCAACAAAGGGACAAAAUGAACCCUUUCAAGAUGAUUCUGCCAUUUAUCCUUGGAAUUACGAUUGCUUCAUCAAAUGAAUUAGCAGCUGUUUUAGAAGUGACCCAGGGCUCACAACCGACCGUGUAUGUCCUAGAGGAGAACAUAGUCGUUCUAUUUCACACCUGUUUAUGUUCAUUGAACAGUCUUCAAUGUAGAAUAUCAAAGAAUAUGACAAAUGUUGAGGAGAAGAGUCUGGAACUUGGCAAAUCAUUUGACUACGAAAGUGAAUACUUUUGUCAUUAUAACAUGGAAGUGGGACUCUCGUGUGACAGGCUUAAAACUUCUUUUCAAUCUGUGCAGUGUUCAUCUUCAAAGAGGAGUGCCUGUACUGUAGAAGUCCUCGUUGCUUUUGGGAAUUCGUGCCCUCAAAGAUUCGUGACCUUGAUCUCUUCUGCACCGUUAAACUUUCAAAUUGUAGGUUCCACUGAUAAUCUAAGAAAUUUGUUCCAAUGCGUAGCAAGUUUCAGCAGUGAAACAUCAAUUAUGUCUAGUACCACUAGUUCUUUACUGACCUAUACGUCUACUACAACCAAGGAAGCUCCAGACAACAAUAUCGUUGUCGCAAUGUAUGUGUGUGGAUCUCUCCUUGUGACUGUUCAGUUGGUCUGCAUUGUGGUCGUCAUUAUUGUUUGGAGAAAACAGAAGACCAUCGUAACCAGUCGUAGCCCAGAAUCGAUAGUACGUUAUGAGGUGCGCGUUCUGGAAAACAGACAACUGAAAAAACCUGAAGAAAGAAAUUCAAGCGGAAAUGCAGACAGCAUUAGACAAUAUGCCUCCAUGAAUGGCCAGUCAGAAGAAUACGUUGAGUUGGGUGACUAUAAUUUUCCUCUUCAAGAAAGUCACCAGAACACAGAAGUUCAAGCUCAUCAUGAGAACGUAGACGAGAUGAAUACCACCUCAAGGGGAAACAAUGAAAUCGCCACUAAUGUUACUGGUACUGAAACCGUUCAGAAUAAUGGGAACCAAAAUAACAGCAAUGACAUUGACAUUUCCAGCAAAACUCUUGUAAAGGCUUUAGCGGAAUUAGAUACGUCUAUGUUAUAACCCACACGAGACACCAGCGAAAUGUUUGUUCAAUUGCUGAAGUACUUUUUAGUCUGUUAAUAGAGAUCUACUUCAUACAAGUGCCUCCCUUCCGCUGUUAUUGUUAAGUGACUUUCAUGUGUUGCUGCCCACAAGGUCCAGGCUUGCAUAUGAGUUCUCAUCCAAUUGGCGAAAAUUCUUCAGCAGUUGUAUAUUUUUUCCAGCGCUGUGUCUGUCUGUACUUUUGAUUUUGAUUUCUUUUCCUCUACAGUGUCUUCCUCGGGCAGCUCUUGGUUGUCUGAUGUGACGGGAUCUUCCUGUUAGCAUUCAUGCUCAUCCAUAUUCGCUUUAUGAGAACGUCUUCCUUUCAAAUUCAUGAGACCCAUCGUAGACAUUAGCGACGUGUGGUCGAACACAAAGACCUUAACCACAUCUACUAUUCUUUGCACAGGCAUGGCUGCUGAUAGGAAACUCAAAUUUGAUUUCGACACCCUUCGUAGCCCCUUAUUGACGAAUGUUUUUUUAUAUUGUGAUUUUCCAACAAAAUCUUAUUUGAACCCGUCCAAUAUUAAAAGCAUUUAACAUGCCAUGGAUUAUCUCCGCAACCUUGAGUUUUCGAUUCAGUGUAAUGAGUGCACAGGUUCAUGCAACAGAGAAGCCCCCUAGGACCAAGAGUUCUUAGAGGGUAAAGAACACUUCUGCAAAGAUGGAAUCCCUUGAAUUUUAAUAACAGUAACUUGACUUUUCACCAGAGGAGGUAUUACUCUAUACUGACUAACACCUUGGAAAAGGUUCUAUCAGCAACCGUGAAGAAGAAGAUAGUAGCAAAGUUUCCAGCAUAAUUUCACACAAAAGGGGUUUCAAGAAUCGACGUCUUUCAAAAAAAAAAUCCGAAUUAAAAUUAUAACAAAACCGAUUAGGCGCAACCAGCAAUUUCAUCUUUCAGUUGUUCAAAAUGAAGGAUAACAAUUCAAAAAGUAAACAGCAGCUACCAUAUAAAAAACGCAUUUCUCAAUACACAUGUUGACAGCUGAAUAACUGAUUCCCAAAAAGCUUUAGAGUAAACACAAGGCUAGUUAACAAACAGGAUUAAAAAAUCAAUAUCUUGCAUGAAAUUUGUUUGGUCAGGCUUGAUUAGUAAUUGUUCUUUGUUUGUACACUUUGGUAGAGGUGUUUCUUUGUCUCACAUUGAUUUGUAGUUGGGGGCUUAGAAUGUUACUGUGAACAUGUACAUCAUCACACUGGUCAACUUUUUCCUGAUUUUAAAGUUGUUUUCUUUGGCUGAUGCUUUUUGCAUUCUUUAUGCAAUAGAUAUCUUGGCCCACAGAAUGUUAACACUUUCCCAGUGUUCAUCAGUUCACAGUGUUUAGGAGCUCCUUUAAAUGAAUCCAAUACAAUGUAUUAGUAAUGACAUGGACGGUACUUUUUUUUUCUCUAAAUAUUGGAAAGUUAAAUUAAUGGAACUUGCGUUCUGAUAGGCAUAAUGUUCAUAGAAUGCAGGUUUAUUAAGAAGGGUUGGUAUUAGAUCAGGUCUUUUUUGUCAGGGACCUUUUGAAGUUUAAAAUCCAGAAACCCAACAGGACUUAAUUGGAUGCUUAGUUUUGUAUGUAUCAUUAUAAUGUGCUAUUGAUUGGCUUUUAAAAGCUGAAAGAAAUAUAUAAGUUUAACAAUACUUUUAUUCUUAUUAGACUUACUUAGUCCUAUAAGACUCAUUGGUUGAGGAAAAAUUUUAAAUUGGGAAAAUUGUUAUGCUAGUCAUGUAUCUUCAUAUAAGUGGACUGUGCCUUAUAAAUUGAAAGCAUAUAAAUAUGAUCAUUUGGUAAUGUACAUAUUUUUUAACCAUCACAUUGCAUUUAGAUUAAACCAAAAUUGAUUUUCUCAACUUCUUUGCUAACCUUGAUUUUUCAAUAUCUCAAGAUAUAAUUUAGAGUGAAUUCAAAAUCUAAUGACUACAUUAAUUAUGUUUCUUUUCUUAUUUUACAUUUCAAGUUUUCAUCAUUACUGUAUGGUCUUUAUCUAUGUGAUGUCUCAAAAUUUCAUAACUUGUGUAGGUCUUUAUUGAUUACGUAUCUUAACAUUAAAUUACGUGUGUAAGUAUUCAUUCAUCUCAAGAUUUCAUUACUUAUUCAUGUUUUCAUUUAUUUGAUAUCUUAAGAUUUUAUUACUUGUGUAUGUAUUCAUUCAUUAUUUGAGAUCUUAAGAACUCAUUACUUGUGUACAUAUUCAUUCAUUUGACAUCUUAAAAUUUCAUUACUUAUGUAUGUAUUUAUUCAUUUGACAUCUUAAGAUUCAUUUCUUAUUCAUGUAUUCAUUCAUUUGACAUCUUAAUGUUUCAUUACUUGUGUAUAUAUAUUCAUUCAUUUGACAUCUUAAG